UUUCAUAAAAUAGCUGCACAACUGCGCAACACUGGCAAUAUGACAACGAACAGCGUGUAAUGACAUAAAUAAAACGUAAACAAUUGCACAAAAACGCGCUUAAAGUUUGUUUAGUAUUUUAGUUGGCGAAGCACGAAAACUUAAAUAAAAUGGCAAAAUCAGGUAAAAUGUUUGCUGAUAAAGCUUUCGAGUUAAUAAAAGAGCUGGAGCGUUCUUCACAGACUAUUCCACCAUUUGAUGAUGAUGGCGUACGUCAAGUAUUGGAGGAAAUCAAGGCAAUUUUUGAAGAAAACUGUGCACAAGCUGCUAAUUAUUCAACCUCGGGUGAUCGCACCUUGUGGCCUUUGUUAAAUUUUCGACACGCUGCCUUACAAAGGAACAAACGCUGUCUACUAACGUAUCUUUACAAACGUUUACUACGUAUUAAAGCACUUCGUUGGGAAUUUGGUCCUAUUAUACCAGCCGAUAUUAAAACAUCGCUGUGCGAACCUGAAGUGAACUUCUUCAACACAUACUCAAAGUCAUUAGCGUCCUACAUGCGUUCUAUCGGUGAUGGACAAGGCAUUGAUUUAACGGGUGAUCUACGCCCACCGAAAUCGCUAUAUAUAGAAGUGCGUUGUCUUGAAGAUUAUGGAAAAUUUGAAUUGGAAGAUGGUGAAGUGAUAUAUCUAAAAAAGAAUAGCCAACACUAUUUGCCGCGUGCCCAAGUGGAAACGCUGGUACGCCAGGGAAUUCUACAACAUAUAGCGUGAUAAGGUAUAGUUAAUUUAAAAAUCAUUAUCUCUCUUACUUUUCUAUACUGUUGCCGGAUGAAUAUUUUUUUUAAGCCAAUCUUUUAUAUGUUUUUUCUUGCAUAAAACAAAUGUGUUCUCUCAUUUCCGAUACUCAAUUGCGGUUGUUAUAUUUUACAGAAUUUGUAUUUGUGGAAUAAAAUUUAAAUUUGUUUAAACAAAUAAUUUUGUAUUAAAAUCAUUCAGAUAUUUUUGGAGACCU